AUGGCCUGGACGAGUCCUGUGGGCGAGAUCGUGGUAGCAAGGAGACUUCGGUGGGCUGACAAGCUAAAGGCACCAGGCUGUGGUGGAACAGAGCCACACAACUUCCAGCAUCCCUUUCUGCAGGCGGUAGGCAUGUUUCUGGGGGAAUUUUCCUGCCUGGCUGUCUUCUACCUCCUGCUCUGCAGCGACCAGCGGAGGCCAGAGCCCACCAUGGCACCUCCUCAGCCCUUUAACCUAUUGCUUUUCCUGCCUCCCGCACUAUGUGACAUGACAGGGACUAGCCUCAUGUAUGUGGCUCUGAACAUGACCAGCGCUUCUAGCUUUCAGAUGUUGCGUGGAGCUGUGAUCAUCUUUACUGGCCUGCUCUCAGUAGCUUUCCUGGGAAGGAAGCUGGUUCUGAGCCAGUGGCUGGGCAUCCUGAUCACCAUUGUAGGGCUGGUGGUGGUUGGGCUGGCAGAUUUGCUGAACAAUAAUGAUGAAAGCCACAAGCUCAGUGAGAUCAUCACAGGUGACCUUCUCAUCAUUAUGGCCCAGGUUAUUGUGGCCAUUCAGAUGGUGCUGGAGGAGAAGUUUAUCUACAAACACAAUGUUCACCCUCUGCAGGCUGUUGGCACUGAAGGUUUCUUUGGGUUCGUCAUUCUCUCCAUCAUCCUGGUGCCCAUGUACUUCAUUCCUGGGGGCAGUUUCAGCGGUAGCCCACGGCAAGUACUGGAAGAUUCUAUAGAUGCCUUCUGCCAGAUUGGCCACCUGCCACUCAUUGCUGUAGCCCUGCUGGGCAAUAUCAGCAGCAUUGCCUUCUUCAACUUUGCUGGCAUCAGUGUCACGAAAGAGAUCAGCGCUACCACCCGGAUGGUACUUGAUAGCCUGCGCACCAUGGUCAUCUGGGUUGUCAGCCUUGCCAUUGGCUGGGAGGUCUUUCAUGGACUGCAGAUCCUUGGCUUCCUCAUCCUCCUUGCUGGAGCUGCCCUUUAUAAUGGACUGCACCAGCCCCUCCUUGCCCGCCUGCCGUGGGGGAGGCCACCAGCAGGGGUUGCAGCCAGAGAUGCAGAUAGAGAAGGUCUCCUGGCCACAGAUGAGCUUUCCAUUAAUGGAGAUAGUUGAUGGCAAUGGAACUCUUACUGCUGCACCACAACUUUGGACCUCUUAUUGAACGAAUUAGCCUGUAUUGCUGGGAGAUCAGGCUAAAAAUGCUCAACUGGUUUCAAGAUCUGCUUUGUAGCUCUGGGGAUGCUUUGCUUAACUUUAAACAUCUAGAUACUUCUCCAUCAUUUCAUUCUUUUCCCCUUUACUGAAGGAAGCAAAGGAAGCUUACCAUUUCUCUAGCAGCACAGAGUAGAGGUCUGCUGCUGCUAAGCAGCCCUCAAGUGGUUAUGGGCUCUCUCCUGGGGUUGCUGGGAAGCCAUCUAAAAUCUUGCUCCAUCUUUCAUCAUCAGCAUUUUGGGAUGGGGACAGUGGAUGUAAUUGGCAACGUUUCCUGGAAACCUUAUAGCUCCUAAGCUGUACAUAUGGGUGGGUACCUGUCACUUCAUUGUUUAUCUUCUGUUAAAGUAACAUCACAGAGCAAUUGGAGGAGGACAUUUGCUUGUCCCCAGUAGUCCAAUCUGCAUAAAGGAUACUCUCAUGCUUCUGCCAAGCAGAAUCUUGCCUACUCUACUUAAAAAAGAAGAGUGCAAAUAACCAUCUUUCCCUGAAUUGCAAUUUUCAUAAUUUCUCAUUCUCACUACUUUUUCCAAAGCGACCUUCCCUAACUUGCUCCUUUCCCUAUAUUGGCCAUGUGGGAUGGAGAAGAUGGGCAUUUUAAUUCAACAGAUGCAAGAGGGAACAUCAUAUUGGGAAAUGUUUCCCUAAUCUGCCUAUGUAUUCUUUGCCUUUUUCUUGAUCCUUUAGGUAAGAGCUGCCCUAGUGAGGUCUAGCGAAGGGCUUUCAGUUGCUGCUUUCCCUGUGCUUGUGAGAAGUGUGCUGCUGACCUGGGGCAAAAGCUGGCUUGCAACCAUGCUGGUGUUUGGGUAGUAAGAUGGGAGCUGCUUUAUUCAGCAGCCUGGGCGUCAAGGGCAUUACAUGCUACAGGCUACAGUCUGGAAUUACAGCCCAGCAUCUUUUGCCCCCUGAUACCCAAGAUCUGGGAUUGGUGAAGCCAUUCAAGCUGCUAAAAAGAAUCAGUGGCCCUGGGAUCAUGCAGUUACACAUUUUGGAAGGAGGGAGCAAAAGAGUUACUUAUAUGUGCUGUUUUGCUGUUUUUACUGAAAAGGCCUAGAGUUUAGAGGCCAAGUGCCAAGGAUUUUUUCUGAAGCAGGUUGGGCCUUUGGCACAGUUGAUGUACUCCUUUGAUGCCUGCUCACUUAUCCACGCCUGUCUGAGCAGCAAGGAGGAAAUAGGGACUUAGUAGGAAAAGAGAACACAUGAUUCAUUUCCAGACCAUUGCUGUUUCCAAAGAUGCUACUGUCCUCCCUUGAGCCCCCCUUAGAAGAAAGCCCAUGAUAGAGCAGACAUCCUGAUGAGCUGUGGACUAUUGAUGGAUCUUCGGGGCUCCAUUGCACAAAGGGUGCCUUCUUUUCCAGGACGUCCUAAGUAAGGCCAUCAAGAUACCUGAGAUCAAUUGUCCAGGCAUGAGCAAUCCCUCUCUCCUUGACAGCUUUCUUAAGUGCUGAGCAGAUCUUGCCCUUGUGUCCUUGGCAGCUGAUGACACUGUUGGGUCAUACUCGGUUGGGGCAUGGGAUAAGGGUAACGGUUGGGUUUCUCCAAGUUGGGAGAUAUUAACAAGAACGCAGUUUUGUAAUCAAUAAAAUACUUUCUGAUUUG